CUUUCAUAGGCUGUAACUUAUUGAACAUUUUUGAAAACUCUUUGGUUACAACCUGAGACCAUUCUGUGAGAUAUACUGAGCUACCAGGUGCGACACCAUGGCAGAUGCUUUUGAAAGAGAAGCCAUUUUCAAGCGGGAGGCUGACCUUGUUGCAAGAAACAUUAGAAAGAUAUCUCAAAAUGCAAAGCAUAUAGAGAAGGUGUCACAAUACUCCAAGGGAAGUGUGGAUGAUCUCAGAAAAGAGCAUGAGGUACUCCAUGAGACAAAGAAGCUUGCUGAGGAGACAAAGAAGAAAUUGGAAGAUAUGAAAACCUCGCUGUCUCAGGGCACCUUCCAGAAUCAAAGACAAGCAAAGCACCAGCAUGAGAAGUUGACUGAUGAAUUUACCUCUGCAUGCACCACACUUCAAAGUGUCCAAAGAGACUUGGUCAGCAAGGAGAAAGAACAAGUUCGAAGAGUACGAGCCCAGUCAGGCACAAGACCUCCUGAGUGUAGUAGAAACACAAGAGGGAAGCGGAAGAAGCACGAGAUAGAGGCGUCGAAGCGAGUCAAAGAUGUGAGGCGCUGGGACUCAAACAUCGUGCCAUCAUUGCUGCCUUCAGGUACCUUUAUGAACCCUUCCAACAAU